AUGUACUCCGUCUUUAUUAGAGCUCGCUUCCAUUUCUUACAGACUCCGACGCCAAACUCAGACAAACCUCCAAUUGUGCUGAAGCUCACGCUAAAGAAAGCUGAAAAACCUGCAAAGAGAGAAAAGCGCGCAGCAUCGGAGAAGACGCCAAAAGAGAAGAAGAAGAGAGAGAAGAAAACAUCGGACACAUCUCUCUCUUUGCCGCCAUCACCCGAGGAAGAUGCGGCCCAACCUGCAAAGAAGUCACCACCUAAGAAGAAGUCAUCAGUACAAGCAACUGAAACUGAGUUGGAUCAGCCAUCAUCUCAGUCGCCCAACAAAACCGCUUCAGUCCCUACAGAGGCUGCUGCGGAAACGAAGGAGAAGUUGUCACCAACGAAGAAGGAAAAUUCCGAAUCGGCUUCAAAGCCGAACCAACUUGCGGGUCGAAGGCGCGCUCUCCACUUACUUCCGGGACCGAUAUCCAUCAACGAACCACUCACAGCACAAGUACUCAAUAAUAUGCUCCGUGACCUGGAGAUCAAGUAUUAUGGGGACGAAGAGAGGCAUCCUUACUCUCAAGAGCAAUUCAAUGACGCCAUUAUGUCCGGUAAUUUUAUGCGUGUUCGAAAAGCUAUGGUGAACAACGUGUUGACGGCACCACGGUUGGCCAUGUGGACGAAUCCGUACGGUGCAAAUCUGUUACAUUUGCUGUGUCGGUCAACAAAAUGUGACGGUCAGCAUGCUGGUGAUGAUAUAGCGACAGUACUCUGCAAUAUUGCACCAUCUUUACUUAGCGGUCGUGACAACAUGGGAAGGAUUCCGCUGCAUGACGCGGUUGACAGAGGACAGGUGGGGCCUUAUAUUGUAUAG